AUGGCUUCCCAGCCUGACUCAAAAGCCCCCGCGCCCGCAGACGAACCUGGGCAACCUCCGAAUCUUACCACCAGCGCGUUAGCAGACAAGGCGCACCACGAGAGUGUUGCGCAGCGUGUCACUCCCUUCGAGGUCUCGGGCGGCGUGGACGAGAGUGGGAAACUACUCCCUGUGGACUAUGAAAAACUCACCCGGGAAUUCGGCGCGACACCCAUCACGCCGCAACUCCUAGAACGGUUCGAAAGAGUGACGGGGAAAAGAGCACACAGGUUUAUGCGGAGGGGCAUUGUGUUUUCGCACCGGGAGCUAGGAAAGAUCUUGGACAGGUACGAGAAGGGUGAGCCUUUCUAUCUCUACACCGGUAGAGGGCCCAGCAGCGACAGCAUGCAUGUUGGGCAUUCCAUCCCCUUCGAGUUCACCAAGUAUCUUCAAGAUGUCUUCGACUGCCCACUCGUCAUCAUGUUGACGGACGACGAAAAAUUCAUGCACUCACAGAAAAUCACGAUCGAGGACUCGAAACGCUUCGCCCGAGAGAACGCAAAGGACAUCAUUGCCGUUGGGUUCGACCCAGCCAAAACUUUCAUCUUCUCCGAUUUCAGCUAUAUGGGUGGCGCUUUCUACGAGAACGUGUGCGCCAUGGCCAAGCGUAUCACUAUCAACCAGAUCAAAGGCACGUUUGGCUUCAACGACAGCAACAAUAUCGGCGAGUUCCACUUCUGUGCAACACAAUCGGCAGCGGCAUUCGCCACAUCAUUUCCUCACAUCUUCGGAGACAAUCCUUCGAAAGUUCGGAGCAUCCCAUGCUUGAUUCCCUGCGCCAUCGAUCAAGACCCGUAUUUCCGCCAAUGCCGCGAUAAUGCAGAGAAGAUGAAGUUCAAAAAGCCAUCCAUCAUCCAUUCGAUCUUCCUUCCCGCGUUGCAGGGUCCAGGAUCCAAGAUGUCAGCUAGCGUCGACUCCUCCGCCAUUUUCCUGACCGACACGCCCAAUCAGAUAAAGAACAAAAUCAACAAGUUUGCGUUCUCUGGAGGGCAGGACACCGCCGAGAAGCAACGCGAGUUGGGCGGAAACACUAUGGUGGAUGUUCCAUUCCAGUAUCUGACGUUUUUCAUGGAGGAUGACGAUGAACUCACCCGGAUCAAGAAAGCCUACGAGUCUGGAGAAAUGAUGACUGGCGAGCUCAAGCAAAUCUGCAUCAAGUACAUCCAGGACUACGUCGCAGCCUUCCAGGCGCGGAGGAAACUCGUCACCGAGGAAGUGCGGGAUGACUACUUCAGGCUCAGGCCCCUCGUGUACAAGGGAAAUUCGCAUCCAGUGAAAGCCGAGUCAAAAGCAGCCCCCUCGACCAAGGAGGGUGAGGUUAAGAAGGAAGAAGAACCCGCGGAGAAUGGACGGCAGUCGAAGAAGAUGAGCGUUGGAGGAGCGAAAGUGGAAAUCCAACAGGACAUGGAAUCGACGUCAAAUGGAGAGGUUAAGGGACAUAUCAAGAAGAUGAGCCUGAGCCCGAAAGAAUAG